AUGAAGAUCCUCCUCAUCUUCACCCUCUGCCUGAUCUCAGGUAAAGAAACGCACUUCAAAAUAAUCCUCACUAUCAGCAGCAGUGUUACAGGAAGGAAGGUUUUGCUCAGAUGGAUGUUUGGUGUUCUGUUAGAUGGAGGAGCCUCCAAGGAAGUAACAGGAUAUUCAGGAGGAGGAGUCCUUAUCAAGUGCAAGUAUGAUACAAAAUACACACAAAACUCAAAAUAUUUCUGUAAGGGUUCAUGGGCAGGCUGUUCUGACCAAAUAAAGACCGGAGAUAAAAACGAGUGGGUAAAUUCAGGAAGAUUCUCACUGUUUGAUGACACCAAAUCAGCAGAGUUCAGGGUGAUGAUCAGAGAGCUCACUGUACAGGACACUGGGACGUACCACUGUGGAGUUGAUAGACGUGCAGCGAAAGACAUUUAUACAGCUGUGGAACUGAAGGUAAAGGAAGGGGACUUGGUCUCUAGAGAAGUGAGAGCAGAUGCAGGGGGAGGAAUCAACAUCAAGUGCAGAUAUGAGGAUGAAUAUAAAGACAAACCAAAAUCUUUCUGUAAGAACGGAGCUGAUCAGUGGUGUUUUAAUCAAAUAACAACAAAACUAAACAGUGAAUGGUCACAUGAUGGCAGAUUCUCAGUUCAUGACAGCAGAAGUGCAGGAUUCUUCAGUGUGUUUAUCAGAGAGCUGAUUACGGAGGACACUGGAACAUAUUCGUGUGCUGUUGUUGUAUCUGAUGAAAUAGAGACCUACACUGUAGUGAAGCUGAAUGUAGCGGAAGAUCUGUCCUAUGAGAAGUCCAUCAGUGAGACUGUUCAUGUAGGAGGAGAUUUGAACAUCAGGUGUAAAUACCCAGAAUCCCUCAGGAGUGACCCCAAGUUUCUCUGCAAGAAGACGCUGCAACAACCUGCUUGUUUUAAUAAAGGAUCUGUUAAAGAAAGUCAAAAGUAUGUAAAUGAGGGGAAAUUCUCCCUGUAUGAUGACGGAGCAAAACAAAUCUUCACUGUCAGUAUUAGAAAUGUGACUGAGCAGGACUCUGGUGAAUACUGGUGUGGAGCUGAAGGAGCCGGGACAUCUGAUCAUGGAUACAAGGUUUAUUUCACACAGAUCAACCUGAGAGCUACUGAUCCAUCUGUCCUAGUUUCAGUUCCAAUACCAGCACAACCUUCAUCAUCGUCAUCAUCAUCUGAGCUCACAUCAGCUUCUCCUCCGACAGGAUUUCCAGCUUCCACUGUGAUCCCUGUGUCUGUAAUUCUGUUGCUGUUUCUGUUUGGAAUCAUAUUCCUCAUUGCGAUUCUGUCAAAGAGACGCAGGAUGCAAGCAGGAACAGCUUCCAUUGAUCGAUGUUCUGUCCAAGGCUCACGAAAUGACCAACAGGUUUAUGAGAAUGUUAACGACACCAGACACCUUUCUGCCUCAGACGCUGGAACUUCCAGAUAUUUCUCGAGUGUUAAACUACCCACGAUCUCCUCUGAUCCUUCUGAAAGUGUUUAUGCCAACGUCAGUAUUUUGCAUCUUCAGUAACUGCCUCCUGCUCAGGUUUGCAGUAGAUCCAGAGCCGAUCUCAGGAGCACUGGACAUGAAGCAGGAAUGCAACCUUGGAAGAACACCACUCCAUCAUAGUGUCUGGAAUCUUCUAUAAUUGUACAUUAAGUGCAGAUUGUUGAUGGGUUUUUUUUAAUAUAUGAUCACUGUUUGUGACUAUAUUCAUCUUUUGUAUUUCAUCCAUUUUAAAUAGCUAUAUGGAUGUGUUGUGUGUAUGGAGUGCUGUAUGCAUUGUACUGUAUGUGUGGACUAUGGUGUGUUUUACAGGAAAUGCAGUCUGUAUGGAGAAUGUAUAAUACUGAAUAUUAGAGUAUGAUUUUAAGUCAUAUGUUUACAUGAGUGCUAGAAGAAAGAGACAAAUCGAGACAUUCGUCUUAGCCUAUCUUAACCCCAAAGUCUCAAUAUCAGCUUGACUUGCUCACUUCAAUUCUUAAUUUUAUUUCACACGAUUGUCACCAUCUUGCUUUCUCUGAUAGUGACCACACUCAUUAUUACUGCUCUGCACACUGAUAUCAGCCAUCCUCAUGCUCUCUGUCACAGUAAAGACACUGAUUCAGUCAUGGAUUCUUUAUCAGUUAAAGGAGCGCAGUGUAUUUUUGCCAUUUCAAAUGAUUUUUUUAUGUAGCGUUAAUUAAGUACUGUUCAGUUUUGA